CAUGAAGUGACGCUGAUGUUGUAGCCUUAGACACAUCACGUCGUGUGCAUAUGCCGGAGAGUGUACACUGUACAGCUAGGUAUAUAUAUUUCGGCUGUCGAAGUCAGAUCCGAGCGCAGUUUAAUGUGGUGUUUUGUAGAGUGUGGUCAAAACCAAAAUCACUACUUGAAGUAGAAGCCAUUUCCUUAUUAUUUUCCUUUCCAAACAUUUGUCAUAUUUGUGAUGUAUUCCGCCAUGAACCGGUCGUGUGUCCAGUGGGCUCGCGUUCAAUUUCUCCACAACACCCGAUUGCCAGGUCGGCCACAAGUACUUCCGAUCGGAACUCGGGGCCUGGCAAGUCCACCACCAGCCCUAAGUAUGGGCAUUAACAAACGACAAUCGGACAUCAACAAUGACAGCAAAACAUCAGCUGUUCCAUCUGUUAGCUCAUCAGGCCGACGAGAUCCACUCGAUUUGUCCUUUGACAACGCCGAAGCGGCUUUCCGCAGUAAAACUACUUUACAGGUCCUUCGAGCCUACUUGGUGUUUACCCUCUGCUCCUCCAACUACUUGGUCGAAAAUAACAUGAAGCUGAUGAAAAUAGGCAAAAAGUUGCUUGGCAAACGACUUUUCAAAUCACUGAUGAAAGCCACAUUCUACGGCCAAUUCGUCGCUGGCGAGAAUCAAACCGACAUCAUGCCCACUAUUCAACGGAUGCGUUCCUUCGGAGUCAAAUCUAUUUUGGACUAUUCCGCCGAGGAGGACAUCAGUGCAGAGGAGGCCGCCGAAAAGGAAAUGGCAUCUUGCGUGUCAACCACGGUAGCCCCCGAUCCAGCCGUAAUUAAAGUCGAUCCUGCCGUCAACACUCCAGAAGCAGCUCCGUUCUUUUUCCCCCUGGAUACAGAUAAGAGAUAUCACGCCCAUCGAGAGUUUGCUGAUCGUCGCCAGAACGUUAACUCGGCCCGGACAUAUUUUUAUCUCAAUGAAGCUCAGUGCGAAAAGAAUGUCGACAUUUUCCUUCGCUGCAUUGAAGCCGUUUCUGGCACCACCAAGAGCACGGGCUUUGCAGCCAUUAAAAUGACUGCCCUGGGUCGACCACAAUUAUUACUCCAGUUGUCCGAAGUGAUUGCCCGCAGUCGUCGCUACUUCACCGAAGUGACUGGCCUCUCUGCCGACAACAAUAUUUUGCAACAGCACGCAUCGCCGGCCAUCUUCGAGAAGCGAUUCGAAAAGGCCGAUAUCCUCACCGACAAUCCAGCUGUCAAGAAAUGGCUUCAACAAAUGACCUACGAUCAAAAAGGGUUGAUUCAUUUGUUUUCUUGGAGCGGAUUGAUUGACGCCAAUAUCCUGUUGAACGAUUUCUUCAAAGUGCCUAACCUUCAAACUGGAAGGAUGGAGCCAUUGAUAACAGCCCUGUCCCCCGAGGAAGAAGAGAUGGCCUGCAACAUGCUCCGACGAUUGAACACCAUUUUCUCGGCGGCGCGUGAUUUGGACGUCCGAGUGAUGGUCGACGCCGAGCAGUCUUAUUUCCAACCGGCCAUAUCCCGUCUGACGAUGGAGCUGAUGCGCAAGUACAACAAGGAAAAGGCCAUCGUCUUCAACACGUAUCAGUGUUACCUGAAGGAAACUUACAACAACAUCGUCCUGGAUCUGGAGCAGGCCAACCGGCAGAACUUUUAUUUCGGCGCCAAACUUGUUCGCGGAGCUUACAUGGAGCAAGAGCGAGCUCGAGCCUCGGCGCUAGGCUACCAGGACCCCAUCAACCCCACCUACGAAGCGACGACGGCCAUGUACGAGAAGACUUUGCUCGAGUGCCUGACGCGCAUCAAAGACAUGAAAACCAGGACUAAUGAGAGACGCAUAGGAGCCAUGGUCGCCAGUCACAACGAGGACACCGUUCGCUUCGCUAUCAAAAAGAUGGAAGAAUUGGGCAUUUCUCCCGAGGACAAGGUUAUCUGCUUUGGCCAAUUACUGGGAAUGUGCGACCAAAUUUCAUUUCCUCUCGGACAAAGCGGUUAUUCGGUGUACAAAUACGUUCCUUACGGGCCGGUGGAUGAAGUUCUGCCUUAUCUCUCGCGGAGAGCCCAGGAGAACCGAGGCAUCCUCACCAAAAUCAAGAAGGAGAAAAGGCUAUUAGUCACCGAGCUGAAACGUCGACUGGUCAAGGGCCAGCUCUUUUCCACACCCAAAGGCGACUAUGUUCCAAUCUGAAGAAGACAAACGGCUCAUUUCAUGAAGAAAGAAAAAGUCGGUUUUUAAAUUAACAAACACAUCAGCUAAGCCCCCGUCUGGGCAACGCCCAUUUGGGUGGAUACAUUUUAAAUCGUGAAAACAGAAUGUACAGUAUAUUAUAAAAUGUAUAUUUGGGGAUUCAAUUUGAAUAUAGCGUCCCUCCUCCCGUCUUCCCCGCAAAUCUGCCAACGCUUUUCUCGAUUCAAGACGAUCGUGCGAUUGCCGUUUCUGUAGAAAAUUCUGCGUGUUUUUUUGUUUUUUUAAUUUCCUGUUUUGAUUCAUUCUCUCCUCCCGUUCGGUGCACCCACUAUACCAAACUUGUAUUCUACGUAGUCUAACUGAAAGAACACACAAAAAAAAAAACAGGGUGCAUAGCGUCGCCGAAUAUUCUAAAAACAAAACAAACGUGUGAUAUAUUAAUGGAAAGUCUAUUUUAAAAAACAACGUUGAUAUCCACUUGCCAACGAAAUACACUUUCCUUUCCCGACUGGA